AUGGCGCGGAACUCAGGUGAAGAUACGUCGGACCACUCGGGCGGACAGAGCACGCAGCCAGACGGUGGCGAGAAAGGGAAAAAGCCCGAGGAGCAACCACCAACUGGCUUUUGGAGUCGCGAGUUGAGAGAGUGCAGACUAUGGGUGUUCAAGCAUUGGGCCAUUACCACCCUGAUACUCGUGGUCGCCAUUCUCGCUAUCUUGAGUCUCUACUGGGGCGUUCUCUAUCAUAUCGAGUCCAAUCUUUCUGCUCUCGUCGUCUAUGUGGUAGAUUUUGACGGACUUCCGCCCUACGACAAUGUCACGCCGACGAUUGGACCUCAGAUUGUCGCUGCGGCCGAGUCUCUAAUUGCUCCCAGUGGCGCUCUUGGAUGGGGCUCGCUUCCGGCUUCACGGUUCAACAACGAUCCCAUCGCAGUCCGUCAAGCAAUUUACGACCAAAAGGCUUGGGCCGCAAUAAUCAUCAAUCCGAAUGCCACAUCAUUGUAUCAAAAUGCUGUUAGCAAUGGUGACACGAGCUAUGAUCCCAUGGGAAUCGCCCAGGUCGUCUACGUGGAAGCUCGAGACGAGAUGAACUAUCGAAAUUAUAUCAUUCCGCAACUCGAUCAGUUCCAGACCAUGGCAACCGCACAAGUUGGCGGCAGAUUGGCGGCGGAUACUCUGCAACGCGCAAGUCAGGACCCAGCCAUCCUUGCCAAUAUAGCAGCUGCUCCCCAAAUUGUAGCCCCGGGUAUUGGCUUCUCGAUAUUCAACUUGCGACCAUUUUCGCCCGCCGUGGCGACACCAGCAGUCACAAUCGGCCUGCUAUACCUAAUCAUCUUCUCUUUCUUCAGCUUUAGCUUCUACCUUCCGGUCCACAUGAAGUUCAUUAAAUCGCCCGGACACCCUCCUCUACACUACUAUCAGCUGGUAAUAUGGCGGUACUGUGCAACAAUUACCUCUUACUUUUUCUUGUCCCUUUUUUACAGUUUCGUUAGUUUAGCAUUCCAGAUACCCUUCAGUACCGGCGCGCGAAGUCCUGUUGAAGUACAUAACCCAGCGACUGCGUAUGGCAAGGGAAGCUUCGUAGUAUAUUGGAUGCUUAAUUGGGUUGGCAUGGGUGCGUUAGGACUAGCAUGCGAGAAUGUUGCUAUGGUCAUUGGGCAACCUUGGACAGCCUUUUGGCUAAUUUUUUGGGUCAUAUCGAACGUCUCAACGUCGUUUUAUUCAAUUGAUCUCGCACCUCGAUUUUAUUACUGGGGCUAUGCAUGGCCGGUACAUAAUCUUGUUGAGGCAUCGAGGACUAUUCUUUUCGACCUCCACUCGAGAAUUGGAUUAAAUUUUGGCGUUUUGUUUGCCUGGACAGCUCUAAACACCGCCCUCUUUCCAUUAUGCUGCUGGUUUAUGAGAUGGAAAAUGAAUAAGGGAAUCGACCCAUGA